UGGGAAAAAAUAAACUGGCUGCAAGAGAAAGCUAUGUCUCUGUUCACUCUGAAAUUGGGAAGUGGCUCUUGCUGACAGCGUGAGAUCAUAAGUUUACUCGCCCACGACUAGGAAGUAUCAGUUAGCAAAACAUCCGUCUAUAAGCUAUUGUUAUAUGCAGAAGAAGAGCUCCAAAUCGGCAUGUUUGCAUCUGCUGAAGAAACUAUAAAAACAUUUGAUCAAACAAAACAAAAAAAAAUUAAGAGAGAAGUUUUUUUUCUGAACUGUCAAGGUCAUAAAAAGCACAGAGAAACUGCAAAAGAUUCAGUCUUCUUGCUCAUCUGCUGCACCUCCAGAGAGUGCUGUAAAAUGGGUAAAGUGACCAAGUCUGGCCCACUGGCUCGGAGGCCGGACAACUCUGCUUUCAAACAGCAGAGACUUCCAGCCUGGUCCCCAAUGCUAACAGCUAACACAGUGCUGCCUUUCUUUUACAUCAUGGCUAUAGUAUGCAUGUUAUUGGGAGUGUGGCUUCUUCUGACUGUACAGAGUACUCAGGAAAUGAAGAUGGACUACACAGAGGCGGGAACAUGUGAUUUAUGCUUUGAAAAACGUAAAAAUGUGAGCCACGCAGCAGAGCCCUGCAGUUGUACGGUGGUUUUCUCACUUGGAAAUGCUUUCAAGGGUAAUGUUUUCUUCUACUAUGGCCUUAAAAACUUCCAUCAGAACCUGAGGCGGUACAUGGACUCCAGAGAUGAUGGACAGAUGGUUGGCAGAAAGACUAAUCUACUCAACCCCAGCUCUUACUGUAAACCAUUUGACAAAGAUGCAAGUGGAAAACCUAUUGCACCUUGUGGAGCUGUGGCCAAUAGCAUGUUCAAUGACACUUUCACUUUGUUGUACCACAAUUCAAGUGGUGUAACACACAAGGUUCCUCUUCUGCGACAAGGCAUCACAUGGUACACAGACAAAAAUGUGAAGUUCAGGAAUCCAAAGUUGGGCAACGAGACUCUGCCAGAGGUUUUUUCAGACACAGUGAAGCCUCUGUACUGGCAGAAGCCUGUGUAUGACCUUGACCCAUUGUAUCCAACCAAUAAUGGCUUUAUAAAUGAUGACUUCAUUGUCUGGAUGAGAGAGGCAGCAUUUCCAAACUUUAAGAAGCUGUAUGGUGUCCUAAACAGAGAGAAUUCACCAUUUGAUGCAGGUCUACCAGCAGGAAAUUACAGCAUUAAUAUAAACUAUAACUUCCCUGUGCAGUAUUUUCGAGGACGAAAGGAAGUGGUGUUGACUACACUGACCUGGUUUGGAGGUCAGAACCACUUCCUGCCCAUUGCUUACCUAGUGACCAGCAGCCUCAUACUUCUUCUGGCUAUUAUACUGACUGUGGUCUGGUGGAAGUUUGGGAAGGAUGGAAAAAACAUGGAGGAGUGAAGAGCUGCAGUUUGUGACAAAAGAUGCACAGAUUUUGAAUUGAGGCAAUGUUUUACAUUAGUUUACCCUGUGGACAAAUUGCACUGAUUAUGUGAAUGUAACUAUAGUAAAAACUGUAACUAUCAUACACCAAAUAUUCUUGAUUCUGUUUUUGUUUAAAUUAUUUAACUUAUUUCUGAAAUCCAGUCAAAGUUGUAUUGAAAUGUGUAUUAAAUAAUGGAGAAAAAAAUGAUAUAAAUGUUUAUCUAAAUAUAUAA